AGUUUAGCUGACAAAAAGUACUUGUGAGGUGGUUUGCUGGAGUAUAUCGUGGCAUAUAUAACUACCUUUUCAAAUGAAAUUUUCGCAGCAUGUUAAUUUCGUGAUUUAAUUUCCCUUGACCCUUAUUUUUCGCCUUACUUUAUAAUUUUGCAGUUUUUUUUAGAAUCGCGAGAAAAAAAAAACAAUUACAGAAGGUCACUAGAUAGUUUUGAUGCAAAUAGACCGUCUGUAUUUUUUUUAAUGCAAACAAUAACAAACGAGCGGUUUAUGGACAUUUAAGCGAGUGCGGAUUGUGAUCAUGGCAACCACGGACCAUUUGCUCCAGUGGCUUCCGUGUUGUGCCCUUUGCUUUGCGGCCGUGCUUAUUAGAAUUCGUCGCUUGUAGUUUUCGUUUGUUAGGUUUCAUUUUGAAUCAACCAUUAUGUACUUAGUCAAACCAUAUUGAGGGUAUCGUAAACCAACAUCCAACCGGGCUAAAUCUGCACAGUCACUGGAAUUAUUCUUCACCCUUGGUGAUCCAAUUGCGUGAUUGCGUGACUUCUCCGGAAACGCAGGAAUUUUCUUCCGGGUUUUCCUAGAAGCCCGGCACAUUAAAGUAACGCUGUACUGCAUUUCGGUCGUUUGAAACAUGCUUCUUUGCAUUUUUCGUUGAAUUUUCUGACCUUUUUGACGUAUUUUUUUCGAUCGAUUUGUGUCGCCAAAAAUUCAUCUUAGGCUUCCUAUAGGCAAAAUCGACAGUUACAGACCCCACAACCACCCUGACCUCAACCCAAAACGCACGUCAAACUUGUGACAGUAUCUGAUCAGUUUACAUUGCUAACGAUUAGAGUUUAUUCGUAAUAAACUAUUGAUUCUUUUAGAGAUUUCCUGGGUUUUUUUUGCCAUUUUUUGUUCCUUAUCCCUGUUGUCUGUCGCGGGUAACGCGUCACGCAUCCGUAAUCCUCGCUGAUUAUUCAACAAUAUUACCAUUCCCAAGUUCACGCAGCACAGUAGAGUGGAUUCCCCAGCAGUAAACACGAGCGCAUCUGCUAAGAAAGGGGUAAAUCACUCUGAAGGAUACAUAUCACGAGUCUGCUACUAGCGUUUCAGGCGGAGGGAGAUUACCGAUGGACACGUGCUUGUUCGGGUCGCAGGCUCGGGAAUUGCUACCGCACUUCUGUUUACGCUUAUAAAAAACACCUCGCGGCUGUUUUUGUGCCCUUUGAAACUCAUAGAACUCUAACUUGAUGGUUAGAAAACGAAAAAUAGGGGCUUAGUUGGUUAUUGUGCGACUUCUUUCGUCUAUUCCACUUUAAAAGUAUAAACCGUUAAAAGGAUCUGGAUUUGAACUCAGAUCAUGGCUGUAUGAUCAUCGAUACUGGAGUAAUAUAUCUCUACAGUCGGCGGAUAAAAGAGAAGCCAUUACUCCAGACUUUACCUCCAGACACGUCAGAUGUAUAGUAUAGUUUCUAGCUCGCACACUGUUCAGUGCAUCGACAGAGAAUGUUUCUCCCGGCGUUGGUCCCCGUUCAUCACUGACACCGAGGAACGAAGGGCCAACCAUCGCAGACACUCAGACUUAGCAAGCUAUGGUCCAUAUUGUACAAAGACUGCGGCAAACACGUCUCUUGCGAAGCCUGUAGGAUUUGAGAGGAACAGGCGAGAGUUGUUUCCAUGUAGGUCAGCGGCACUUGCCCAUUGGGAGAAGCAUGACAAUCUCCUCAACGAUUACUCAGAACUUGAACCUGGUACAUCCAGACGCGGAGAAAAUGGUGCUUAUACUGGUUCGCUGGUUGGGUAUUCAGAUAUUCACUCGUUAGUGAGAAAGGGUGAGUUGGUAGAAGACUACCAUGUGCUCGGUCACCCUUCGUACCCACGUGACAGGACCCUUCCCGCUAGAGGCAUUCCUGAAAAUAUUAAUCCGUCCUCUGUUCUAAACGAAUAUGUCCCGAUAAAAGAACGAAGCGACGUUCAGUUUACUAAAAGAAGUUGGAUUAAGAGUCCUAAAUCUGUUGUGGGAAUAUCAGGGGUGCCUCAAACAGAUCAAAAUAGAUAUAGAUCACUCUCCUUUGAGGUUACUUCUUCACGCUCGUCUGUCCAUCUACCUCCGCGGCACGAGUUUCUCCACCCGGCUGCUUUUAGUACGAAGAAAAUUUUCUCUGCAGAGCACUCACGAAGCCAAAGUCUGAACGAAUCGAUGCUUCAGAAAGUCUCUAACGAGGAUACGCAAAAGACAAAACCAAGGUCCCGGAGUUUCGACACCUUUGAAAACAAAGCCGAUUCUAUUAUUUGCAGCUUAUGUAAGAUAUCUCUCACAUCGAAAGAACUAGUGGAUGAACACUUUCAGAGCACGAAACACAAAAAUAGAAUUGCCAAGGUCACUGCAGAUCCGUAUUUGAAGUUCUGCGAAUAUUGUAAAGUUCAUCUCAAUUCGAAAUCUCAGGCACAAGAACAUUUCGCAAGCACCAGACACGCACAGACCAUGGCUAAAUCACAAAAAGCCCCGAUACGAUUACACCCCCGACUGACAAUCACAACUGAUCCUGUUAACAUCCAAUUUAAUACCCGUACUUGUCCGUCGGGAUACCACAUUGAACUCUUCACCAAGGCGUUAGCCAAUAACUCAGUCUGCUUUCUACCGACCGGCGCCGAUAAAACCCUCGUAGCCGCGCUAAUCAUCGCUCAUCUUCUGCAGCUCAACCCUUCGCGGCAGGUAGUUUUCCUUGUGGAUCGCGUCCUGCUUGUACUUCAGCAAAGUGACUUCCUACGGACAGAGCUUAGCCAUGUCGCCAUUCCUACGUCGACUGAGGGUAAAAUGCCCUUCGCGAGGCAGCCCUGGCAAAGGUUCAGGCCUAUCCGUGUUGGGGCAAUCUGCGGGGAAAUGAGGCGACUGGAGCCAGGUGUGCCUGUCUUCGAUCACGACGUCCUCGUGGUGACUGCGGACUGCUACAAAAACCACAUAAAUAACGGCACGCUGCGAUUCGAGGACUUGGCGCUGAUUGUGUUGGACGAAGCGCAUCACUGCAACAAAGAGCACCCUUAUAAUGUCAUCAUAAGGGAUUACUACCUUUGUCGGAAGUCCGAUGCUGCGCCUAUGGUCCUUGGACUGGUAUCGUCCCUCGCUGGCGAGAUGACCACGGAUAGAACCGUCAAGAAGUUAGAACGGUUGCUGUGCAAUCUUGGAGGAGCAGGUCUUUUGACCGUCACAGAAGAGACUAGUGAGUUGGACAGAAAAGCGCGCAUGAAACAACUCACGUGCUAUCUAGCAGAGUACACGCUCUUUGAGCAGAAGUUUGUGGAAGCCCUGAUGGAGUAUGCCACAAGGUGUUUCAAUCUGGCUGCCCGUGUUACCGAACUUAAGGAAUACAAGGAGCUCUUUCAACCGCCUGCCGGGGGAACCUUAUCCUCAGACGAUGUUCAGCUACUGCUCCGUGUUUCUGAUAACAUCCUGGCGUCCGCUCACCCUGAUGACCCGCCAUUGCCGUUGCAACACUUCGUGGCAGUGUGUGAGUGUAUUUGCACGCUCCAAGAGUGUGGCGAGGGGGUAGCUGCUGACCAGAUCGUGGCGUUGGACGAUGUGCAGUGCGCGUUUGGCUUCUACUGGGCGGAUGGCCAGGGUCUGCAGUCCGCUAGCUUCAAAACGUGUCUGACGCAAGGUUCUAGUACCUCCGCUUUUUCCAUUGACUCGGCGAUUUGUGAGCUUCUUCGGUUGCUUCUCUCACAAGACUGGGCCCGACUUUACUGUGAAGUCACGCCUGUAGUACUGGUUCUCACCAAGAGACGCCUGACCGCUUGCUUACUUGCCAAGCAAUUGGACGAGAAUGACGAUUUGCGUAAUCUUGAAGUCGUGACGACAUAUGCUGUCAACGACGAACCAAACAUCAAACCAGUCACAGCAGGUCUGUUUCAAAUUGUUGUCGCGGUGUGCCCUGCUGGAGAAGCGCCAAAAAUACGAAACUGCAAAAUGGUCGUUCAGAUGGAACCUGCCAGCGCGGUCUCUGCCCUGAAUCACAUGCGAUGCUGCUCACACUACGAGGAGGCUAUCUUCGCUGCCAUCUGCCGAGACCAGGAGCGCGCAAGCCACAUACACGAGCUGAUACAGAGAGAGGAGAAUAUGGCGCGUGCUGCUCAAAUCCUCGGGUCUGUCAGGCAGUAGGUCAUCAGUAGUGAGUCGCGUACACAAUUAAUUGUAAAUUAAGCGUCUUAAAAGCGACCAAAAUAUAGUUUAGGGAAGGUGCAAAUAUUUUCUUCAAUUUAUAAAUACACUGCCCUCAGCAUAACUGAUAGUGUACUGGAUUACAUUUCUGCACUUUAUAUAUUAUGUAUAUACACAAUUGUACACGGUAUAAGUGUAUUAUAAACAUAGUAGGAGGGGUGCAUUUUUGCCUUUUAUCUUUCCCAUACAUUUAUCCUACAAUGUAAGCUUACCAGUCUAUACUGGAUCUAAUAAACCCUUUACCAUUUGUACGACGGAGCACAUUUCGGCGGGUUUUUAUAGAUAUAUGUAGUAUGUAAUAGUCAGAAAAAGUAGUAUUGUAUUAAAAUGGUAGGUUCAACAAUAUCUACAGAUGUAGAUUGCUUGAGAAUGCCGUACUUCUAUCCUGAAGUACAUAGUACCCAUUAGGAUUGUAAAAGAACGUAGAGAGAUAAAAGUACAGCUUUUUAUUUAUAAA